AUGCCCAGCUCCAGCAUUCCCGAAUCCAGACGCGCGGCCUUCGUCUGCAAUGCGUGCAACGUGCGGAAGAAGGCUUGUGACAAAGCAUUACCAUCCUGUGGCUUCUGUGCCAAACGCAAUUUGUCAUGUCGCUACGAUCUAAAGGCACGUUCGAGAAAAGCCCAUCGCGCAUACAAUCCUGGUAGGCAUUUCGUAGCUAUUGAUGUCUUAAGCUCCUUGGACCAGUCGCUCCAACACAAGAUUCCGUCCACUGUCCAUCACAAAUCACUCAGCCAACAAGUGCUUGAUAUCAUUGGUAUUGCAAAUCUCGUCCCAGAGGAUGUCGGCGAGCGCUAUUUCCGGACCUUCCAUGAACGAUGUCCUAUUAUUGCACCCAAGCUCUUCAACCAGAGGAUGUCAAGGUAUAAACUCAGAGGUGACAGUCUACCCGCCGACUUCGCUAUCCUACUAUUAACUAUGCACCUUGCAACUGUGCUAUCAAAUCCAUACCAUCCCUCGCAUCUGUCUGGCUUGAGCCGAAAGCAACUCUAUGCCAAAACCAAGUCGCUCUUUUCCCAAGCUCAGACUACAAUUUGCACGUCUCUGUCCCUAAUACAGGCUCUACUGCUCAUUGCUACCUGUGAAUAUAUCUGUCUGCGCCCAGAAGCUGCAUAUAUUUCAACGAGUACAUGUUCCGGACUAGCCCAAGUUCUGGGCAUCGGAAAGUGGAUCUUGAGCACGCCUGAAGGCGCUCGCGAAGAUGGCGGUACUGAUCUAGUACAGAUAGAGAAAGAAAAUGUGGUGUGGGCAAUCGCGAUGACAGAGAGUAUGUUCGGGCGCCAGGCACAGGCAGUCGCUCUACUAGACCGAGUGUUAUGUAUAUUGCGCGCUGCGUUCAAGCGUAGCCAAAACAUGGUCUCCAAACUUAUUGAAGCAGACAGCCAGGCUGUACUUGAUGCCCUUUCUAGCCCUCAGAACGAAGAUGAACGCCACGCGAGAUCCUUGUCCCAAGUUGCCCUUAACUCGGCCUGCAAGAUGGUAAUUGACGCUAUACGCAACUCUGAUAAAAGCCCUGGCGACAACAUCCCGGUUUGCUGCUAUUACAACCUCCAAACAGCUAUCCAAUACAUGUCGGAGCAGAAGCGCUACACACAUCUACCGCCGCGCUCUCCAGACGUAAUUGUCAAGCACACCAUCACUGUGGAAGAUCCUGCCCAGAUUCUCAUCCAUCACAAAGAUGAUCGUCGCAGGAACUUCAAUAGCUUAGUCCGCAGAUACAAACACCAGAUCCUCCACGGUUGCGAGAAUCCUAACUGCCGAACCCCGACUUGUCUGAACUAUCAGAAAAGAGUCGCGGAAGGACCCUUCCGGUCGUACACGGACCUCAGCGCACGUACACUGGCAUGCUAUUUAGCCAGCCAGGAUAACCCAGAAAAGGCGCUCUGCCGCAGCCCAUCUCGGCCGGCUGCUGAUUUCUCGCCGACUCGCCACCCUCCGCACAUUGAUUAUCGUGCAUAUGGUCCAGAGAGAAGGCAACAACAGCAGCCAGCAUCCCCACACCAUGGAGGACGUACGGAAUCCCCCCGGCAUUCGCCCGCGCCCUGUACCUCCCCGGGCGAGAGGGCUGGACAAUCUUCUCGAGAAUCACUGCCGUCUGGACUCCCGAGGACAAAAGAUCCAAAGUCCUUCACUCAGAACCUCUUUGAUACAUUAUCCUUAAGAAUGGUUGAGUGGCUACCAUUACGCCAGUCCACUGCCGACAUCCCUGAUUGUGCCAGUCCCACGUCCGCUCGCCCGUAUAGAAGCCACUUACUUUCGGAGGGUAGCAAAGAACAUAACAAGUUUGGCUCAAACGAUGAGAAUAUAAACAAGACGGAGAAAGCGCAAAUUCAUUCUGUUAGCAAUAAUGCGGCAAAUGAAGCGCCAACGCCCUCGGGUCUUCCGAAACGCCUUCAAAACACCACAUCAGACUUGAAGUCCACGGUCCAGUCCGUGAAGCGCGUUGCAUUAGAAGAAACGGAAACAUGGAGGCAAACACCACGGUCUUGCACCGAAAACAAGUCGAAAAGUGGCCGUCUUACAUCCUCGAAGUCUACGCCUUCCAAACCCCUUCCUCAGACUAAUAUUCCUACACCACCUCCAGUGCUAAAACACCGAGCGGAGAAAGGUCACAAAAAGACGACUGAGCCCGCAUCAAAACCAAGGCAAAAUAGACGUGUUUCUUGGGACGGAUCAAAAGUCCUUAAAGAAGCGUCUGAAAUCUCGGAAUUUGCCGAUGAUGCUCGAGAACCAAGCAAACAAACCACAUAUUUUCCUGCUCUGGAAGAGUCAAACCAAAAGCCACCCAUUAUGCAUAAUGUUUCCAAUCCACCAUCAUCAGCUGAUACAGUCAGUCAUCUAAGUGCUGACAUAGUGGAUGGGCUGUCCCAGCUUUUAGCUGAGAAUGAAGAAGAUGCCCAGAGAUGGAAAGAGGAGGUUGAUAAUAUGAAUAUACAAGGAAGACACGAAAACUACAAGUGGCGCUAUGCGACACAUCGCCAGCGUGAAGUAUUCCCAUUUAUCGCACAAUCUGUAUAUUACGGAUUAGGCAACAGCCAACAUUUGCUCAAAUCGUUCCGACGCGAAUUGCCGCUGUCACCAAAUUCACACCAUCUCAGUGAGGACGAAACCACUGUUGAUUUACGAACAUUAGAAUACACUCUUCGGAAACUUCAGGAGAUUUGCCCUUGGGACUUGGUUUUAAACAGUCUAUGGAACUCCUUGGAGCAAUUAUUUGUACCCCCUAGAGAUCUGCCGACCGUGUUCAAAUAUAGUCGACGCAUGUCGCAGUACGCGAUAGAAUGUUCUUCACCCAAUGCAAUACAGUCGUCAACGUCAGACGAGCCCCUUUCCGAUGCUGAUGCAGCCCAUAUGCUUACCGUCGUCUUUUUUACGUUGAUAACGUUCCUACCCAAAGUUGAUUCGCAAACCUGGCGAGGCAUCCAGCAAAUACGUGAGGCGGGAACGGUAUUGCCCGACUCGCAAAUACAGAAAUUGCCUGCUCAAAACACAGGAUUGCUCGUGAAUGUCACCGAUAAGCUUGAACAUGAUCUAGCUUUGCGACUCGUUCACCGCCUGGUGCGCGCUCUUACUGCUCGCCUAGCGUUUUACGAGAUAUCAAAAGCCAAAACACUUUCAAGCGUAGAGACCAAACAACGACGCGAUCAAAGCGUCUUAGAGCUUCUCUUUGAAAAUUUGCGCCAGCAUACUGAAAUCUUGAAGAAAGAUAUUGGACAAGAGACCGGGCCCGUGGCCAUGGAUACACCAGUCGCCGCAGCCGUGAUCAUCGAAUGGCUUCGUACUCUGUUCCUCAAGGAAUGGGAUGGCAAGCCGGAAAUUGCAAGGUCUGAGGCAACAGGGGGCGCGGUUCAAAUCCUCUCGUCAAUGUAUAAGAAUCGAAAACGGCUAGGUCUUGAAGCUGAUGCUUUCUAUACGAAUUUCCUGUCAGAGAGACUUGACGCGAUGGACAUGCCUGUUGAGUGGCUUACUAGAGUUUCAAACAACAAAACAUUGCAUCUCUUGUCCUUCGCAUUUCUUUUCCCUCCUGCUGCGCUUGUGAAAUACUUUCGUGCUAUCAAUUACGCAGCCAUGUCAAAGGCAUAUGAGGCGGGUAUGAUUGUGCAAAGGCAGGCAAGCCGGACGGCUUUCAACCGAACCAUCCAGAUUGCAGACGAAAUCAAUCUGCUAGCCCGACUGCAUACAUCUAUGAACCAGUACUUUGUCAUUUCUGUGCGACGCGAUUUCGUGCUCCUAGAUGCUUUCAAUCAAAUAUGGCGUCGAGAAAGACGAGAGCUUCUACGGCCCCUCAAAGUCAAGAUGGGAAUGGAUCUAGGCGAAGAAGGAGUUGACAUCGGUGGUGUCCAGCAAGAAUUUAUGACCUUGGCUUUUGCGCAGGCGCUUGACCCCGAGCAUGGAAUGUUCACCGUGGACCCGGUCACUCGUAUGACAUGGUUUCAGCCAUGCUCGCUUGAAAGCCUAGAGCAUUUCGAACUCGUGGGAAUAUUGAUGUCGUUGGCGGUAUACAACGGCCUUACGCUUCCAGUCACGUUCCCAAUUGCCUUUUAUCUGAAACUCCUUAAUCUUAAAAUCAAGCACACGAAUGAUAUCCGCGAUGGUUGGCCGGACCUUGCUAAAGGAUUGGAGAGUUUAUUAACUUGGAGUGAAGGGGAUGUUGAAGAUGUUUUUAUGAGAAGUUACGAGUUCAGCUUCGAGGCCCUCGGUUGUGUGCAGACGGUUGAUAUGGAACGCGUCGGUAGAGACGCAGACUGGCCGGUGGUGGAGCGAAUUCAAAGUCGGCAGCGAAGACGCAGCAGUUUCUCUGAAUACUCAACUAGCGCUCAAGAAAUUGUCCCUAAUGGUGAACUGAAGCUUUCAGAACAACCAGAAGUCCACGGUAAUAUCAGAUCCUUUCAAACCGGCGUUCUCAAAGGUACCGACUACAAUACUUCUCUGAACGCGUCCGCACUGAAAGAUGCAGAAGGAUCCAGUCUCGUUACCAAUGAAAACCGCGAGCGAUACGUCAAAGACUACCUUUUUUGGCUAACUGAUAAAUCAAUUCGUCCGCAAUACGAAGCAUUUGCCCGGGGUUUCUUUACUUGCAUUGACCGUUCAUCCCUUUCAAUGUUCACGCCAGAGACACUCCAAACCAUGAUCGAAGGCACACAGGAGAUUGACAUGUAUGAACUCCAGCGCCAUGCGACCUAUGACGGAGGCUGGGACGCGGGCCACCCUCUCAUUGUGCAAUUUUGGAAGAUUGUUAAGAACUAUUCGCGAGAGCAAAAGGCCCGGCUGCUCGAGUUUGUCACUGCCAGUGAUCGCAUUCCUGUGAGCGGAAUCUCCAGUAUCAACUUCGUCAUUCAGAGAAAUGGGACUGGGGACGAUCGUCUCCCAACAAGUUACACGUGCUACGGCCGGCUCCUCUUACCAGAGUAUACUGGUCAAACAGCUCUACGAAAGAAUCUCGACAUGGCAUUGAAGAACUCGCGCGGAUUUGGAAAUUUCUAG